AUGUCUCCCAGCGCGUGCAGCGAAUCGACGCCUAUUGAGCCUGAUUACAACUCCGAUGGGAGCUCGUCAUACACUAACUCCCUUGACGAUGCUAGUUACACCACAAGUCUGACAUCAAGCGCGUUGAACUACCAAUAUGAAAAUGGCCGUCGAUAUCAUUCAUAUCAUGAAGGAGAAUAUGUUCUGCCAAAUGAUGAACGAGAACAAGAUCGUCUUGAUCUAGGCCAUCACAUCUAUCUCAUGCUCCUCAAAGGAGAAUUGCUUCAGGCUCCAGUCAAAAAUCCAAAGAGAGUACUGGAUCUCGGAACAGGAACCGGGUUAUGGGCAAUUGAAUACGCCGAUCUAAAUCCAGAAUCGGAAGUGAUUGGAAUUGACCUGAGCGCUAUCCAACCAUCAUGGGUACCCCCGAACUGCCGUUUUGAGAUUGACGAUUUUGAAGAACCAUGGUCAUACAGCAAACCGUUUGACUACAUCCACGGGCGCGAAUUAGAAGGCUCUAUUCGCGACCACGAUCGUCUCUUUCACCAGGCACUCGAAAACCUCAAUCCCAAUGGAUGGUUCGAAAUGGCGAGCUUCGAGGCCAACACCUAUUCAGACGACGGUACUCACCUCGCCGCAACGAAUUUUAUGCUUUCCAUCAAACACAUGCACGAGUCAGCCAAGGUUUUCGGCAAAGACAUGGCCUCUGCACCGUCAUGGAAGGAUCGGAUGAAAAAAGCCGGCUUCGUCAACGUCAGAGAAGAUGUUUACAAGCUGCCCCAAAGUCCGUGGCCAAAAGAUCCCAAACUCAAGGAGCUUGGACGGUAUCACCAGCUUAACAUGCUCGAGGCUAUGCCUAUCUACACAUAUGCACUAUUCACGAGAGUGCUUGGGUGGACCCGAGCUGAGAUCGAGGGACUGUUGGCUGGAAUUCGCACAGAGUUGCGGGAUACAUCGUACCAUCUGUACACGAAAGUGAGGGUUGUUUAUGGACAGAAGCCCGAAGCUUCUGUGGAUUAG